UGUUGCUGCUCUACGGAAACACAAGCGCACUGAUCGAGCCGCAAGUGCACAUUUAAAGGGGUACAACAACAACGCUGUCUUUGUAUACAUCUGAGUUUGUCGAGGCGUUUAUAGCUCUUGAUCAACAUCUAGCCACCUUUUCUUUGUGCGAAGGUAUUAUACGGACAGUUUAGGAGGUGGAAAGAAGCAGUGAGCGUCAAAGUAGGGCCGAUAAUUCAAACAUUUUGGGUCUAUUUCUUUCUGAGGCGGCUCGGUUGUCCUGUCGUCUCUGUUGAUCUGGAAACGGCCGCCAUCUUGAAUUUUAAUGUAAUAUUUUCGGACAAUCUUUCGGCAAUAUGUCAUUUUUGGAUUGCAUUGGACUUUAGUGAUGGACAAGCUCUGACGCGGAAGAGAAAGAAGUGAAGUAACAUCUGAAGAAACGAGUUAAGUUUGAUUCGGAGUCCCCUGGCAGAUAAGACAACGGACCAGGCUUCAGCCCAGUUGUUUCUGCUGUCUCCUUGUUGAAUGGUUUCUCACAAGCACACAGAAGCUCAAUGCGCCUUCUCCAGACCUCCAGCUGGUAUGAAGUAGAUGGGAGAAUCCAAGAACAUGGUGCUGAAUGGCAGGAGACAUGGCAGCAAGUUCUCCAGUAAUCAGCCCGUAAGCAAGUCCAGGCUGCAAAACACACAGAGAGCCCAUCUUCGUCAAAGCAAGGGCUCCCCGAGUGGCAGAAGAUGCAGUCGACGUUGUGGUGGGGCGCCCCCGGAGGCAGAAAGGCGCCAUGUCCCCUCAUCGGGGAUGACUGCCAAGGAACUGUGUGAAUAUGAUGAUCUGAGCACUAGUUUGAUCCUGGAUCCUUAUCUUGGCUUCCAGACCCACAAGAUGAACACCAGGUUUCGGCCAAUCAAAGGUCGGCAAGGGGAGCUGAGGGAGGUCAUUGAGCUUUUUAAGAAGCACGACAACCUGGAGAAAGCUUUUCAGGCUCUGACCUCUGGUGACUGGACGAGACAUCACUUCCUCAACAAGACCAAGUCCCAGGAGAAGCUGUUCAAAGCACAUGUGUUUGUUUACCUGCGCAUGUUUGCUUCAGACAGUGGCUUUGAGAUUCUUCCUUGCAAUCGCUACUCCUCUGAGCAAAACGGAGCCAAAAUUGUAGCAACAAAAGAUUGGAAAAGGAAUGAUAAAAUCGAACAUCUUGUGGGCUGCAUUGCUGAGUUGUCUCCAAGUGAAGAGAGGAUGUUGCUUCGACAUGGAGAGAAUGAUUUCAGUGUCAUGUACUCUACACGCAAAAACUGCGCGCAACUCUGGCUGGGACCUGCGGCUUUUAUUAACCACGAUUGCCGGCCAAACUGCAAGUUUGUGUCAACAGGCCGAGAUACCGCCUGUGUAAAGGUUCUGCGGGACAUUGAACCGGGGGAAGAGAUCUCCUGUUACUAUGGAGAUGGAUUCUUUGGAGAAAACAAUGAAUUCUGUGAAUGCUAUACUUGUGAAAGACGCGGCACUGGAGCUUUUAAGUCGAAAGCAGGGUUGCCUGUGGAGACUCCGGUGAUCAAUAGCAAGUACGGCCUCAGAGAGACAGACAAGCGUCUGAACAGACUAAAGAAGCUGGGGGAAAGUUGCAGGAACUCUGACAGCCAGUCUGUCAGCUCCAAUGCAGAGGCAGACUCUCAGGAACCAACCACUGUACAAACAUCAUUACGUAAGAGGACUUCGCAGUCCUGUGUCAAAAAGCACGGAGAAGCAAAGGCUGUAACAAGGCAAACUCUGUCAAGCACUCCUUCUUCUACCUCAUCCUCGAAACGAAGUCAAACGAAUAGUUUACCAAAGAGACUCAAGUCAAAGCCCACACAGCCUAUGCCUAAAGGAAGACGCCGGUGUCGAGGCGUAUGGACGAAAGCCUCCAGUCGAGUGAACGCUAGUGGGAAUCUCAAGGAGCCCUCCAGACGAGACGCGGACAGACGCAGCUCUGGAGGCAAAGGCAGUGUAGCGCGCCAGUCGGAAAACAAUCAGAGCUCUUCGAAGGGUGCUUCCCUGUGCAAGGACAGCAUACUUUGCCCUUACAGAACUCGUAGGUCCACGAGGACCUCUCUCAGUGCUGAGGGGUCUGACGGCACGCAGGCAUCAAGUCAGCCGUCUAGCCCGGGCGUGGUCUUCAAGUCGGAGCCUGGAGAGCUCAUCCCUGUGACACCUGGGCACCAGAUGAACACCCCUAGUUUGGAGACCAGCUGUCCUAAGAAAGGGACGUGUCCCAGACGCAGGAGGACGGUAAAACAGGAAGACACCGGCUCCUACGGCGAGUCCUUCCUCCAGGAGGGCUUGCCCGACCUGCGGCACGCGGUUCGGGCCGCGGAUGUAGCGGACUGUGGGAAGGUAGUGCUCGGCCUGCCGGACCGCCACCAGCACUACAACGGCUCGGCUAAAAGCAGCAAGGCUCUCCGCCGAGGCAAGGGCAAGAAGAAGCGGCAGAUCACGCGUUACGACGCUCAGCUGAUUCUGCAGAACAACUCAGGCAUCCCCAAGAUAACACUACGUCGGCGUCGAGACAGCAGCAGCAGUAAGAACGAGCCCAGAGAGAGCAACUCUUCGAGCUCCUCCAAAAUCAGCAUCAAGUUCAGCAAAGAGCACGAGAAGGACCGGAGCAACUCGUACGUGGCCAAACUGAACAACGGCUUCAGCCACGGCUCCCACAGCAGCUCCACCAAGCUCAAGAUCCAACUGAAGCGGGAGGAAGACGGCACCGGGUUGCAUCGCGCUUACCCGGAGGACGUCACCUUGGGCAUCGUGAAGCGAGAAGGGGGGGAUGUUCUGGAUCACAAGGCGGCCACUCAGGUAGGUCAGAACAUGGAAGUGGAGUCGCUGUCCUCCGAGGACGAAGAAGAGGACUACUUUGAUAACGAGGAUGAUUUCAUCCCGCUCCCACCAGCAAAACGUCUGCGUCUCAUCGUGGGCAAAGAUUCCAUAGACAUUGACAUUUCCUCCAGACGACGAGAAGAUCAGUCCCUCAGACUCAAUGCAUAAGCUGUGUAAAUAUUCCAUUGUCUCAAUCAUGUUCAUUUUGAACAUAUGUAAUUUAAAUAGAAAAUGCAAAUGUACAAUUAAAUCAUGGCAAAAUAUCUUUCUUUACAUUUUAGUGAUGGCACUUCUUUGUUGUUUCCUCACAAUGAUUAUAAAUAUUGUAGAAAGUGUACAGGUUAUGUAUGAAUUCUAUCCUAACGUGCAGAUGUUUGUUAGCAUUCUGUCCAGCUUCACUGUUUUAUUCCAUAAACACUCUCGGCUUUGUUUGCAAGACGUUAGUCCACUUGGGAAACGUAUGCAUGGUUUCACCUCAGAAGGUUGACACUUGAUGUUUCGACAGCAGUGUUCCCAUGCACAAGAAUCACAUGUCUGUCUCUCUCCUCGGCUUGAUCUGGCUAAAGGGAAUCAUUGAGCAAACAGUGUGCAGAGGAGCUCAAAUUUAUACAGAUCUGUCCGCUUUUUUUGUAUCAAAAUCCUUUUUAUCACGUGUCAGAUUUUUUGGCCAUGGAAGGCCAUGGUGCUCAUUGUGGUGGCCUGGUGCUGGUCCAUAAAGAUAUUGGACUAUUGAAUAAUUAUUCUGUGAACGUCAGACCCUUUUUGUGUGACCUUGGAAGUCCGUAGAGAAAUGUGCCUACGGAUAAAAGUCCGCAAGACAUAAGUUGUACUGAAACGUCAUUAAUCAAGAAUCUGUUUUCCUGAAUCAUGCUCAUUGUGGUAUUCAGUACAUCUAAUUGACUUUGUGGCUUUGUGUGCAUUUUGUGCUCUGCCGAAAAAUGAUAAAAAUGGACAAAAAAAAAAAUAUGCUAAGGUAUUCAAAGCUGUUGUUUGUGUUUCCAUUGUUGACCCUAAGUAGGCAGCUGCCAUAUUAGGCUAUUUUUAUUUGUACCUUUUUUUUGUUUUUCUAUCUUUUCUUUCAUUAUAUACUUUACAUUCUGUAGUGUCAAAAGUCUGCCAUCUGUGGGCUUAAAGGAGCUUUUUAUCCUAAUGAUCACAAAACUCCUAUGGUCUCAAGCUUACAAACUGACUCUUAAAAGCAUCAUGACAGUAACAAUGUAGGAUGUAUACAUAAUCUGGGGGCAUACUGUUCACUCUGUAUAUUCUGGGACUUGUUUUUAUUUAACUGUUUUAAGUACUUGAAAACUAUAAAACUCAUUUUCAAGAUA